AUGUCUACAGAAAAACCGAGAAGAAGAUUCGUGGGCCGUAAAUCUGGCCUGGGAUCGACCGGUGCUGUUGUUGGUACUCAAAAAAGACAUUUGAGUAGAGUUAUGAAUCAAAUUCCGGAAGAUAUUCUUAACGAUGAAGAUCUCAACCAAGCUAUAAAGCUUCUACCUUCCAAUUACAACUUUGAGGUGCAUAAAUGUGUCUGGAAUAUCAGAAAACACAAGGCAAGCCGUGUGGCGCUUCAAAUGCCAGAAGGUUUGCUCAUUUACUCCCUCAUCAUUUCGGACAUUUUGGAGCAGUUUUGUCAAGUGGAGACUGUGGUAAUGGGGGAUGUGUCGUAUGGAGCUUGCUGCAUCGAUGACUAUACAGCUCGUGCACUUGACUGUGAUUUCAUUAUUCACUAUGCUCAUCUGUGCCUUGUGCCUAUCGAUGUUACUAAAAUCAAGGUGCUAUAUGUUUUCGUAACUAUCAAUAUCGAUGAAACACACUUGAUUAACACCGUGAAGAGAAAUUUUAACCAAGGAGAUCACAUUGCUUGUUUCGGAACCAUUCAAUUCAAUCCAACCAUUCAUAGCAUUCGGGCACGUCUAGAAAAUGACGAAGACAAGCCCAUCUACAUUAUCCCUCCACAGACUUCCCCUUUGUCAAAAGGAGAAGUAUUGGGAUGCACAUCUGCCAGGCUAGACAAGAACAUAAAUGCCAUGAUAUAUGUGGGAGACGGCCGUUUCCACUUGGAGAGUGCAAUGAUUCACAAUCCAGAUGUACCAGCAUUUAGAUAUGAUCCAUACUCUAGGAAAUUUACCAGAGAAUACUAUGAUCAAGAUCAAAUGGUGAAGGUAAGACAGGAUGCAAUUAACUGUGCAAGAAAUGCAAAGAAAGUUGGCCUCAUUUUGGGUGCAUUGGGAAGACAGGGUAACCCACAAACUUUGGAUAGGCUUGAGAAGGUAUUUCACGAGGCGGGCAUCGAAGUCGUGAAGAUCAUUUUAAGUGAGAUUUUCCCACAGAAGCUUGCUAUGUUUGAUGAUAUUGAUGCAUUUGUUCAAGUUGCAUGUCCCAGAUUGUCUAUUGAUUGGGGAUAUGCGUUUGAGAAGCCAUUACUUACUCCUUAUGAGGCCAUGGUCAUGUCCAAGAAGGACGUAUGGAAGGAAGAAUAUUAUCCUAUGGAUUACUAUCAUAAGGAUGGAUACGGAAGAGGAAAAAUUCCGUCAAGGGACUAA